CAUAUUUUGUGUAAGUUUAGGACAUUUUAGAACUUAAUCAUUAUGAAAUUUUGAUGGCGUAAACAACAUCUGCAUUACGUCUAAGCAAUAGGUACACAGUCCAAAAGAGCAGAGAUGGGCAUGUUUAUUACUUUCCUAAUUAGGCAUGGCUGUAUGAAAUAACUAUGCAAAAAGAGCAUAGUGUUAGCCCACCAUUACUGCACCCUGCGCAGCUUUGAUCACCUUGAAUGGAGUUUGCUUGAAAACUAGGUGGUGCUUGUGAAUCACAUGAUAAUACUGUGUAGUGCAAUUUAACGCUGUAGUUUUAAUGGUUUUAACGUAACGUUAUAUAGAGCACUGGAACAGUCAGUUAAAGAACAUGGACAAAGACAACCUUUCUGCGGUCUUGCACGCCAAAGGAGACCUAAGGCUGGAACAGCGUCCCAUUCCGGAACCUGGGCCAAAUGAGGUAUUGCUUAAAAUGCACUCCGUCGGGAUCUGCGGAUCGGAUGUGCACUACUGGCAGCACGGCCGAAUCGGAGACUUUGUUCUUCAGAAGCCGAUGGUACUAGGUCACGAGGCCGCUGGGCGCGUGGUCCAAGUGGGCUCUUCAGUGACGCACCUCAAACCAGGGGACAGGGUGGCUAUUGAACCAGGGGUUCCUCGCGAAAUGGAUGAGUUCUUCAAAUCUGGUCAUUACAACCUGUCACCCACAGUGUUGUUCUGCGCAACGCCACCUGACGAUGGCAACCUUUCUAGAUACUACAAACACAACGCCAAUUUCUGUUACAAACUGCCUGACACCUUGACAUUUGAGGAAGGGGCUCUGAUUGAGCCUCUGUCAGUGGGCAUCCACGCGUGCAGGAGAGCUGGGGUCACCCUGGGCAGCUCUGUGCUCAUCUGUGGAGCAGGACCGAUUGGACUGGUCUCUCUACUGGUAGCUAAAGCAAUGGGUGCAUCUCAGGUUGUAAUAAGUGACCUGUCUGCUGAGAGGCUGGCCAAGGCAAAAGAGUUAGGAGCUGACUUCCUUCUCCCUGUGAAGAGAGAGGAUGUACCACAGGAAAUGGCCCGGCGUGUGGAGGGCAUGCUGGGGGGUCAGCCUCAGAUCAGCAUAGAGUGUACCGGUGUAGAGAGCAGCAUUCAAACGGCGAUCUAUGCCACACGCUCCGGGGGUGUGGUGGUGCUGGUAGGGCUGGGAGAGGAAAUGACCAGAGCACCGCUCCUCAACGCGGCCAUCAGAGAAGUGGACAUCAGGGGCGUGUUCCGAUACUGCAACACGUGGCCCACAGCUAUCGCCAUGCUGGCCUCUAAACACAUAAAUGUGAAGCCACUGGUCACGCAUCGCUUCAUGUUGGAGCAGGCCGUGGAGGCGUUUGACACCGCACGGCAGGGGCUCGGAAUCAAAGUCAUGCUGAAAUGCGACAAGAAUGACCAGAAGCCCUGAGGGAAGGGGAGGAGCCAAGCACCCUUUCAGUGAUGACUAAUCAUGGCUGCAGAGCCAUUUUAUCUAGCUACACCCUCUGUCGCUUCCACUGUCCUUCCUAGGAAUGAUCUUUUCUAGAAAUGUUUAUUACUUCAAUUGUCCUGUUUUAGCUAUGAAAUUGAUUAAUAUUUUUGAUUUUGUAAUUUUCCACCUGGCACUUGGCCAGUAUUAAAGGAGAGUUUUAUUAUUAAUAAGCUUUAGAUUUUUAUAUUCCUCUUUGAAUUACCUCUGUGUUUGAAAUGUGCUUUACAAAUAAACUUGAUUUGCUUUUUUGUGUGA